GAGAAAAACUCAAUAAAAUGACUGGUGCUUUGAUCAUUAAAACAGUGAAAACGACAAGAAGGACCACAAAAACCACUCGUUUGUGUGUGAUAAUCGGAAUUGUAUGAACCUUACCGGACAGAACGUGUGAAUCCGGGUUUUACUUCAGUCACUAAAAGGGAAGUAAUCAAGUAUUUGACUUCCGGCAGAAUUCACGCGCGAGAAUAAAUACAUUAAAUAUCGCUAAAUUUUGAGUGAAAGCUAGUAUGGGGCCAAAACCGAAGUUCCAGGACGGUGAAAAAGUCUUAUGCUUUCACGGUCCUUUGCUGUAUGAGGCAAAAUGUGUUAAAACUGAAAUGAAAGACCGAGUUCAGAACUAUUUUGUCCACUACAACGGGUGGAACAAAAACUGGGAUGAAUGGGUGCCUGAAACAAGGAUUCUUAAACUAAAUGAUGCAGGCUUACAGAAGCAAAAAGAAUGUCUGGCAGCUUUAAAGGCACAUAAAGCAAAAGAGCGUGAAAAAGCUAGGGAGGCCAAGGAAAGUGGACAACCAGUUGCAACAAAGAAAGACAAGAAAAAAGAAAAAGAAUCCAAAGACAGAUCUGCCACUCCAACAGCUGACCAAACUAAAACCAAGCAGAAAGAUGUUGAAAAGGAAAAGGCUACACCAGCCGCAGCAAGUGGAAAGUCCAAACUCCGAGAAAAGGAGACAGAGAAAGAGACCCGUUCAUCAACACCUACCUUAACUACAGGCACAAAAAGACAAAAGGAAGCCAUCGUAGAGAAAGAUCGCUCAUCUCGUUCAUCAACCCCUACCACUGUUCAGACUUCUAAAACACGUCAGAAAAGUGACCGUACUGGAGCAUCAGCUUCCCAACAGAGUUCCCAAGAAUCGACUGCCUCAUCUGCACAGAGUUCACAGGCUUCCACUGAGCAGAAACGCAAACGAGCACGUCUUGAUCCAACAAUUGAGUCUGAAGAGUCCUACCUUACAAAAAUUGAAGUUAAAGUGAAAAUACCGGAUGAGCUUAAACCUUGGUUGGUAGAUGACUGGGAUCUGGUUACUAGACAAAACCAGCUUGUGACAUUACCGUGUAAAAACACUGUGGACAGUAUUCUUGACGAUUAUCUAAGACUGAAACUUACCAAACCUAAUCAUCCUAACAAAGACACAAUAAUUGAAGUGAAUAAUGGUAUAAGAGAAUACUUUAAUGUGAUGUUAGGAACACAGUUAUUAUACAAGUUUGAGAGACCACAAUAUGGACAGGUACUAGCUGAUCAUGAAGGUAAACCAAUGUCAAGUAUUUAUGGAGCUACACAUUUACUGAGGUUGUUUGUGAAACUAGGCAGUAUGUUGGCAUACACUGCUUUGGAUGAAAAAAGCAUUCAAAUAUUAUUACACCAUAUACAUGACUUUCUGAAAUACCUACAGAGAAAUGCAGCAACGUUGUUCACUCUCUCAGACUAUUACGUGGCUUCUCCGGAAUACCACAGAAAAGCAUUAUAAUCUAUGAAGUAUUUUUUACAAAUACCCAGUCAGUUUUGCACCACCAUGUUGACAGAUUUCCUUCAAAUAUGUACAACUGUAAAACAAGAAUGUCGGAAAUUGAUUACUACAAAAGAUAUUAUGCAAAUGAUUAAUCUGUUUUGAAUCAUAAAUUCAGUUGUGACAAGGCAAGAUUGUUAUUUUUAUUAACUUCCAAUGAGUCAGAAUUUUUAGAAAAAAAAAUAAUGCUGGAAUUUUUGCGUAAAAAAGUUGAAUAUUGUUUUGGAACAGUCUCAGUCUUGUAUAUUUGUUAGUACCAUGUUUAAAGUUGUGAAUAAGUGUAAAUAUUUUUAUAUGCUUUUAAAGCAUUUUUGUUGUAAUAGUCUCAUUGUCUGAUACUUUUUAGAAUUUACAUUUCAGUAUAUUUCUCAAUUUUGACUGCCUUGGUAUCUUAAUACCACAGUCACACAUACGGCGCGGAUAGCUACGGAUAGAAACGUAGUAAUCCGUAUCGAUACGUACCCGAGCCGUACGGACUGGUACGGAUUGAUAUGGGUUACUAUUUUAAGGUACGGCUCAGGUACGUUUCGAUACGGAUUACUACGUUUCUAUCCGUGGCUAGACGUAGCUAUCCGCGCCGUAUGUGUGACUGGGGUAUAAACAGAGUACAGUAUCUUGAGUAUAAUUUGCAUAGAAACCAUUGAGUAAUAUAGACAAGCAUACACCAGAUGCCAUGUUCAAAUUUGAACAUGAUAUUGAAGCAAACUCAAAUGAUUGAUUCAAAUGUUACUACUUCAGGGCUCCAGAUAAUUUUUUUGGCCUAUGAGUAUUAACUUGUCAUAAUUUUUGUGAAUGAGUGAAAUGGUAAAAUCUGAAAUUUACUAGGAGUAAUUUUACUACUGUAAAUGUGAUAAAAAAAAAACGUAACGGUUUUAUAACAUAUUUAUUAAUUUGGUGUAACACCCAUGAAUUGUUUGCAGUUCAGUUUCAAAUCAGCAUUCAAGUUUUUGCUUUUUGUUCUCCCUUGGCUUACUUUGGCUUAAUAGAAUACUCGGUAAAGCUUUAAAUAUGUUUCAAUGAUCGUUUUUGUUGGUUUAAAGAUGCGUAGAGUGUUUGUUCACUUUACAAUCUUAGAAAGAGACAUUUUGUUGUUUACUCCACACCGGAGGUUGAUAUUUUAAAUUGACACUGCUUUAAAAUACACUACUGUACCAUCAAUAUUGUUUCCCAACUAUUUGAUUUACAAAUGCAUUGGGUUUAUAAUAUAGUUUAACUUAUAAAGUACCAUUCAAUGCGUGUGUAUGUUCUCUGUGGGAGAAUUAAUGCUGACCGUGCUUUGUUUCGUAAUGCCUUUAGAUGAUUCAGAUUUUGUUUACGCUAGUAAAACGUCAUUGCAGGAGUUUCUGUAAUUUCUUAUACAUUUUUAUAUGCUUAAAAAUGAUCGCAUAUGCGUAUAUGCAUUAUUUCAAAGCGUAAUUUACGCUAAUACACAUCUUAUCUGGAGCCCUGCUACAUUAUUGAUGGCCAUAAAGGGCACUAAAACUUAAAAUCAUUUUCUGUUGUCACUUGUGUGCUUUAAAAAAGUUCUAAUUGUAGAUUUUAUUGCAUAUUGUAAAAUUGCCUUUUGUCAAAAGAUGAUUGUUAAAAUGAACAAGUAUUAUCAUUUGUCCUGCUGUCAGAUGUUGUAUGCUUUAAUUGAUAUAAUCAGAUUAAUUUUGAAAUUGAUGAAGAAGUUGUUACAGGCUAAGGCUGACCAAUCACCCUUGUUGAGUUACAUUGUCCGUGAUUUUGUUUUGUAUUAAUUGUUGAUUUUGUUUCAGUUAUUACUUACGUCUUUUAUUGACUUGAGACAAUGUCAUAGAAUGCCAAGUCUGGAUAAAAAACUAACUGUAUUUGAAAAGUACAAAGCCUCGUGGUCUAGUGGAUUAGGUUGCUAAGAAUUAUGUGUGUUUAACCACUUUAAGGUCCAAACCAUGAGAUGUAGAAUUCUUUCAUGUGAGUAAGUGAUCCAGUCGGCUUAUGGAAGCUCGGGUUUGGUUCUACACAUAUGCCUGCCUUUUCAGUUGUUGUUAGUUGCUUUAUUUUCCUUACAGAAUGGAAAGAAAUGUUUUAGAUAGUAGUGUGCUUCUGUUUCUAACUUGUUUGAAACUGCAGGGCACACCAUAGAAUGCAGUCAUUAUGGUUUGUUGUGCAUUUAUCAAAGACCUUCCUUCUUAGAACAAAUAUAUAAUAUCCUUACAUAAAUUGAAUUUUCUUUUUAGCUCGUCUGAUUUUUGAAAAAAAUGUACGAGGUCACUUGAUCGUCAGUGUCGUCGUUGGUUAAAAUUUUUGUUCAGGGCAUCUUUUCUCAAACACUGUAAGAGCUACUGUCUUGAAACUUUGCACACUCGUUUAUCAUCAUUAGGGGUCUAUGUAGGCCAAGAACCAUAACAUUGAUAUGCAUUUCAGUAAAUUUAUGGCUCUUUUUGUCCUUUGAGUUUCUUGGUUAAAAUUUUUGUUCUCAAAAACUAUAAAAGCUACAGCUUUGAAACUUUGCACUCUUGUUUAUUAUCAUUAGGCAACUCUCCCCAAAUCUUCACAUUAAUGGGGAAAUGGCUGUGCUAAACAGAAAUAUUUGAAAAUGUCAACUGCUGUGUAAUUAAAAAAAUAAAUAAAUAGAAGUACUUUCUAAAAAAUAAGGUCAAUAUGGUGUUUAAAUAAUUAACGUUUUUGAGUAUUCCGUCAGUGGAAGAAUAUUUCAAGCAGUGUUUAAAAUCUGUGUUGAACUACACAGCGUGGCAGUUUGCAUAAAGGACAUUACUUACCUACAAGGUGUUUACUUUCAAACAGCUUUCAAGAUCAGUAGAUUGAGCUGUAACUUGACUCCGUCACUUUCACUUUGUGCUGAUAUACAUUUGACUUUGUUGCCGAGGAGUAAUUUCAGCCAUGAACUAAAUAUUUCUGAUACCCCUGUCUGUACUGUGUUUAAAUUUCAGUUUUGUUAUUGUUGAUACAUGUGGGCAAAAUGCUUUAAUAUUGAAAAAUAUUUGAGCCGCGCCAUGGGAAAACCAACAUGAUAGUGGCUUUGCGACCAGCAUGGAUCCAGACCAGCCUGCACAUCUGCGCAGUCUGGUCAGGAUCCAAGCAGUUCGCUUUCAAAGCCUAUAGCAAUUAGAGAAACUGUUAGCGAAAAGCAUGGAUCCUGACCAGACUGGGCAGAUGCGCAGACUGGUCUGGAUCCAUGCUGGUCGCAAAGCCACUAUGUUGGUUUUCUCAUGGCACGGUUGGGCCCUCGAUCGGCCGUUUUUGCCGCCGAAUAUCGGCUGCUUCCCCCGCCAAAAUAGUAUCCUUUUUUCCCCCUCCAGAGAAAAAAAUUCCCCCUUACUGGGCAUUCGGUUGACCCGAGGUCCCGGGUUUUUGAUCCGCGAAAAUCGAGAAAAACUCGUAUUUGACCCGCACAAAAUAUGCUCCGUGCGUCGGGUUGACUUGCAGAAAUUUUGUUUGAUGCGUCUGAGUUCGAAAUUCUGCCCCUUGUCAAUCAAAAUCACAGUCAAUUUCAAUAUUGUUCGCCGUCAUACGCGGAAGUAUGGCAGUAGGCGGAGCGUCAUAUGUUAAUUAGCUGCUAACAGAUGUCAAUCACGCCACGCUCCGAUUGACACGUGGUCAUCUCGCAGUUUAUAUUUAGUACAAUAAUCCCUGUCAUUAUCAAAGGUGUUUACUGAUCAAUGUGUAAAAAUUAAUUGAUAAACAAUGCAGCUUUAGAUUAUCGUCUUUGCACAAAUUGGAUAAUUGAAAUCAUUAUUUUGUUUGCUUGAACGAUUACGUGAGCUGGUCAACCGUUACGGUCUAUAGAAAAUUUAUCAUCAUUGCCGAGGCUUUGUUUGGUCCAAAUAAAUUAAAUGCUUUAAUAAGCAGAAAUUAUAAGUAAUGAAUAGGUAUGGUUAAAAAAAGAAAUUUAAAACAGGUAUUUCAUCAAGAAUUUUAAAUGUUUACUUUCAUUUUCCAUAUUUGUCACCCGUUUUGGCGACCGUGAUUUCCGGACAUUUUCAUCAUUUCUUACAAGAUUUUUUAGUACAACCUAAAUAAAAAGCCAUUUGAAAGUCUGCAUUUAAGAAAAAUAUGAUCACUGUUGCAAAAGCAGCCCUUAUUUUGAAGCAUUUUUGAUAAUAAAAUGCAAAGGCACCAAACCCCACCCACUUUUAGACAACUAAAAUAUAAAUUGAUUAAAAAAAUGUGUAAUGAUAAAUGUACUUGUUUUAGAUAAAGUUUGUCCAAGUUUUAUUAAUAACAGUAUAGCUUGUCCGCUGAAAAGCUGACCUUGACAUGAUUUAAUUGCAGUUACCAGUAGUAUGUUGACAAAAAGAAACAACUUUAGUGUAAUGAGAGUUAUACAUGUUAUAGUUCUUACAUAGUAUGUUAUUCUUUGAAGGCAAUGAAAAUUCCCCCUUUUGGCUAAAAUGACGCGAAAAUUCCCCCGCCUGAGGGCUGCGGACCCCUUCCCCCAAAGUAGAGUGAGGGCCCUGCACGGCUCAUUUUUGAUAAAUGUUUAUGUUAAGAGAUUGCUUGAGCCACAUGUUUACAUGUAUUGUAGAUUUUUAUUCCAGAUUAGUAUGUUUAAGAAAUUAUUUAACAAUACAGAGGUUGAGGUUUGAAACUUGUACUGGUAUGUUCCGGGUUUCAUCUUCUAGUUCAGAAAGCAAUUCAGAACAUCGCAUUAUUUUGUUGCCAGCAUUUAGAAGUUUUAGGUUUGUAAAAUAUAAACUUGAAAUUUUAAACCUCUGUACAUUUAAAUGAAACAAAUAAAUCUGUUGAAUUUUCAAACAAUUUUCUGCAAAUGCUUCUUGCUACAUGCAAUGCUUUUCUGUUUUCUUUUACAAAUAUUUGUGUCUUGAAAUCUUUAUCUCUACAGAUUACAUUUUGAAUUUGUUUAGACAAUAGUUGUGCAUGUAGUGUUACAAUAAAAAUGCUAAUACAGA